CAAUGCACCGUCAAUUAUUAUCGAUGCACCAAAUCUUCUCCACACGGACGACCCGCGCGAGGCGCAUUGCAUCCUGCCGGCGGCGGCCGCGACACCACACGAUGCAGCCCUUCUCGCGGCACACCAGCUUCUUCGCGUCCCUCAAGCAGGUGGAAGACCGGUUGGCGGCGGAGGAGCAGCCGCCGGCGCCUCGACAGCCCGUCGCGCCGCCGCUGUUCUCUGACACCAUGACCGCAUCCCCGCUCUUCCUCGGCGCGUCGACGGCCACGGCCACCGACCGCGGCGGGGCCGGCGGGGAGAGCAGCGACGCGGCGCUGGACUUCCUCACCCUCUCCAAAGAUGAAGCGCGCGUGCAGGAGCCCCAACAAGACUCCGAUGACGGCGACGACGAUAGCGGGGCGGACAUAGCGCGGCUGAUGGCCCUUCUGGGCCUGUUGCCGUCGCCAUGGAUCGGCGACGACGGACGAGACAGCGGCGGGUGCGACUGCAGCGGCGGCGACGGGUUCAUGGCGAAGGUCGUCGGAGUGGUCGGGCCCAAGUGCGAAAGGGAGAAGAGGAGGGUGGACGGCUGGAUCCAGCAUUACUACGGCGAUGGCGGCGGGUGCAGGGAGCCCGCGAGGCUGGCGCACCUCCUGCUCGCCAAGGCCUCGUGGUCCUUGGAUGGAGAAGGCCUCGAGGGUAGAGCAGCCAUUGCAUUCCCUUCCGCGGUGAAGGAGUUCUUGGAGCGUGACGCGCCGCCGCGGUUGACGGAGGGGGAGCAUAGGGAGACAGAGUGAUGAUUGGACGGAGGACCUCUCUGCAGUGUGUUCGCCAAAGCAUAUUUCAAAGUUCAGAGAACACAGUGACGAUGGAUGUACAAACUGAAUGUUUGUAUUCUGAAAUUGUCAAACGCAAUGUGUUGCUACCAGAGAAGAACACAUGGACAACCUGUCGAAAUUUUUACAUCUAUUUACCAGAGUUUUCAGGGAUUUUCACCUGCAUUUUGCUCCAGUGCCAUGCCUUGGGUUCAUCUUCAUGCUAGGUUGUAAUCUGUGGUGGGCGCAUGUGCCAAUGGCAAGCAACAAGAUAUGCAAAAACAUGUGAUGUUUUGUUC